UGCGCAGAGCGGAUGCGCACGAACACAUCAACGGUCUUAUUAUCACUGAGGAGCCGUAAAAACAUUAUUGUGUUCAUCUGUGUCGAGCGAAUUCUAACCUUACCGAUCCGUUUUAGUCAAUAAACAAACAAUGAGUGAUCAUCCGGUGACUAGCAGAUGAGCCAAAUCUGAUCGUCGCUGAAAGAAAAAGGCGAAUUUUCGGCUAUUUUGUCAGCAUGGCUAGCUGCGGUGAGGUUAAUCUUUCCGUGGACUCCCUGACUUCAGGCAAGAAGGUGAGUGGGGAGUCUGUGACGGAGGGAAGCCCGUCCCCUUCGUCUCCUUCUCUGCCCAUUCCAGAGUGUGCAAUCUGCCUGCAGAGCUGCGUCCAUCCCGUACGCCUGCCAUGCCGUCAUAUUUUCUGCUUCCUAUGCGUGAAAGGAGCUUCCUGGCACAGCAAACGCUGCGCCCUCUGUAGAGGGGAAGUGCCUGAGGACUUCCUGGAGCGUCCCACUUUGCUCUCGCCUGAAGAGCUGAAGGCUUCAGCGACGGGCGGACGCGGUACAGGGACUGGUGGCCACGCGUGGUACUACGAAGGACGUAACGGAUGGUGGCAGUACGACGAGCGGACUAGCCGAGAGCUAGAGGACGCGUUCAACAAGGGCAAGAAGAGCGCUGAGAUGCUGAUCGCCGGCUUCCUCUACGUAGCCGAUUUGGAGAACAUGGUGCAGUACAGGAGGAACGAACAUGGCCGCAGGCGGAGGAUGAAGAGGGAUGUGGUGGACAUUCCUAAAAAAGGCGUGGCCGGAUUAAGACUCGAUCCAGAUCCCAAUCCCGCAGCGGGAACAGGAACGGGAACAGGAACGGUUCCCACCGCAGCGCCCGCCGUUGCGGAUUUAAACGGAGCAGUUGAUGGCACCACAGCGGAGCGAGAGAGUUCGGCGGAUGGAGCGGACACUGGAGGCAGCGGAGUACGUCCCCAAGGCGUCUUUGCUGCUGCUCCCGUAAGGCCGCCAACUGUCUUAGGUGGUCACCUGACCAGCCCUGCUUCCUCCAGUGAUAUUCAGCUUGUACAAGCUCUCUCCCAACUCAAUAUGAACCCCACUGAGCAAGAACCAGAAGAGGAAGAUGCAGACGAUGAAGACGAUUCGGCCGCUCCGGACGCCUCGGGAUACGAAUCCGAGUCUGGCACGAGCGAGGAUGAAGACGAGCAGGCUGGGGACGAAGGUGAAGACGAGCACACAGAAGGCUCCCAGGGUAGGCAUAGACUGCAUCAGUUGGACAGACCGCCCCCUGGUGGCGGCCCUGCGCAUAGCAGCGAUCGCUCGGGGUGCCCUGACGGUCAGUGCACCGUUACGAAGGUCUGACCGCAGCACAACUACAGAACUCCUACCCAACUCCCACAACCGCUGGGGAUUUCUAACCAAUCUCUGAAAUGCAAAAAAUGAAAUGAAUGAACCAUUCAAAUCACUGAAACACGGUCUUGGAUAAGGGUGGAGGCUUUGGGGCGGAUGGUUUUAGUGUAAGAAUAGUGCUUGUCUUUCUCUUUCAGUCUUAGAGGACUGUACCAGGGCUGUACUCUUUAAUGGAAGUUACAGGCAAAACUACAAUAAACUAAAAUACUGUAAAUUGGUCCAACCAUUACGCUUCUAAUUGCAUUCAUGUAACAGAAAUUAAAUACUCACAAUUUUUCACCCUGAAAUUAAUAGAAAAUGUAUAAAAUAUAUUUUACACUAGGCCUUUAGUGAGCAUUACAAUUUUUGUGUUUUCAUAAUUACACACAUUUCAUCCUAAAUUCUUAUUGCUCUAAUGUAUUUGUUCUGUAAGUUAUUAUUCAUUUUAAUUCUUAUUAAUGUAAUAGAGAAAUGUAUCUGAAAGUUGUAUUUAUUUUUAUUACAUUAAUGAAAAUUUAGGGAAAAAUUUUGCUCUAUUAUAAAGGUUUCAUUUCAUAUUCAUGUAUUAAAAGAUGUUUUUUUUGUUUUUGUUUCUUUUUUUUUCUUUUGAUUUUGGGGUGAAAUAUAUUCAUGAGAUUUCAUUACAUCUAGCAUGGCUCAACACCAUUAUCCAGUGGUUCUGGAGUCAUGCAGUAAUAAUGUACUGUGGUGUAGUGAAGUUCUAAUCUUUUCAUAAAAAUAUGCCAUAUCAGCUUCUACCCUGAGGCUUCUGCAAUACCAUCCGAAAAUAAUUGGAACUGUAUGCACUGUUUUAAUAAUGAUAAAGUGAAAUUGCAUCUCUUGGUAGGAAACCCAUAUACAUUGCAUCUUACUAGUUUUGUUGUUUUGAAUAUAACACUUUUGCAGUAGAUCACAAUGCCUGACUUUAUAUUUUGCAAAAAGUAUUAUUAUGGAAAUGUAGAACAUUUUGUUAUGCACCACCUGGUAUAGAGCCUUAUAGAUCUGCAACAAGUGGUAAGAAAGUUUUGGGUUUUUUGGUGAAAUGACAAGCAUUAGAUGCAAAACCAGCAUAGUUUCAAAUGCAAAACCUAAUGAGAAAAGAAUUUAUUGUAGUUUUGCCAAGGAUUCCUCUUUAACGCGCUCUAGUCAUUAGAAAACCUUCGGUCAUCUUACAUUUACUACUUCUAGUGUUUCAUGAUGUGAGGUUUAAAACUCUUUAACGUGUGUGUGUGCAUUUGCGUUUAUUUUAAGCAACUUGUCUUUAUUCUUCUGUCUCAUCUUGGUGUGCUUUAUGUGUUUCAUGCAUUUGCAUGUGUUGCUGUGAGCGAGGAUGGAGCCCUGGACUACAGCGCUUUGAACUCUGGGAAAGGCGAGUUUUAUCAGAUAUUGUAAUUUGUAGUUGUAAAGUAGUCCUCAGACUGCAGCACACCGAGUGAGUGAGUGGUUUUCAAGCAUAGAUGUCCGAUUUUUCGAAGUUUUUUGAAAUUUUAAUGUUAUUUUCAAACCUGCUAAUUUUCAUCUCCACUUGUUCAAGGUUCUUUGUUGUCAAAGCAAAAUGAAAACUAAAAUCAAGAAUAACUUCUUUUUGGUGUAUUUUUGUUUUAACUGUGUUGUUUUGUUACCAGGUUUAUCUGAGAAAUAAAGUGUUGUCUGUUAUCUGUCUGAGAUCAAA